UGCUGGCGUCAGGAGGAGGGAUGGGCCGGCUCGCCGCGACCCGGCAGGGCUUGUUUACUAUGGCUGAUGAUCUGGAGCAGCAGCCUCAAGGCUGGCUGAGUAGCUGGCUGCCAGCGUGGCGCCCCACAUCCAUGUCUCAGCUGAAGAACGUGGAAUCCAAAAUUCUUCAAUGCCUCCAGAACAAGUUCCUGGCUCGGUAUGUGUCCCUCCCAAACCAAAACAAGAUCUGGACGGUGACCGUGAGCCCAGAGCUCAGAGAGCGCACUCCGCUGGUGAUGGUGCAUGGUUUUGGGGGUGGGGUGGGCCUCUGGAUCCUCAACAUGGAUUCCCUGAGUGCCCGACGCACCCUGCACACCUUUGAUCUGCUCGGCUUUGGACGAAGCUCAAGGCCGACAUUCCCACGGGACCCAGAGGGCGCCGAGGAUGAGUUUGUGACCUCAAUAGAGACGUGGCGGGAGACUAUGGGGAUCCCCAGUAUGAUCCUCCUGGGCCACAGUUUGGGAGGAUUCCUUGCCACCUCUUACUCCAUCAAGUACCCAGACAGAGUUAAGCACCUCAUCCUGGUGGACCCAUGGGGCUUUCCCCUCCGACCGACAGACCCAAGUGAGAUCCGUGCACCCCCAACCUGGGUCAAGGCUGUGGCCUCUGUCCUAGGGCGUUCCAAUCCACUGGCUGUUCUUCGAGUAGCGGGGCCCUGGGGGCCUGGUCUGGUACAGCGAUUCCGGCCGGACUUCAAGCGCAAGUUUGCAGAUUUCUUUGAAGAUGAUACCAUAUCGGAGUACAUCUACCACUGCAAUGCCCAGAACCCCAGCGGAGAGACCGCAUUCAAGGCCAUGAUGGAAUCCUUCGGCUGGGCCCGGCGCCCCAUGUUGGAGCGAAUUCACUUGAUUCGAAAAGAUGUGCCCAUCACCAUGAUCUAUGGGGCCAACACCUGGAUCGAUACCAGCACGGGAAAGAAGGUGAAGCUGCAGCGGCCGGAUUCCUAUGUCCGAGACAUGGAGAUUGAGGGCGCAUCACAUCACGUCUACGCAGACCAGCCACACAUCUUCAACGCCGUGGUGGAGGAGAUCUGCAACUCUGUGGACUGAGCAUCUGUCCGUGACGGAAGAGGAAGCCAGAGAGUCAUUCUCACCUCCCUGUCUGCUUACUCACCUUCUGUCCUUUCCUCUCCAACUAACACGUGCCAGCCAAGCAGAGGCCCAGGGCAGGACCCCAGUGAAAAAGAGCCCCCCUCCCCCCCACCAUGGGGCCACACGCAGGGCCAGCAGCAGCCUUGUGAGGCCUUGAGCUCCCCAGCCCGGGGAAGAGCACGAAGGGUUGUGUCAUGCCACCCCUUUGUCCCCAUGCCAGGUGUUGUCCAGACGAUGGCUGUGAAGGGAUUGCGCUGAGCCACGUUCCCUCCCCAUGCCACAGGGAGGGUGGCCUCUUCCCCUGGGUGCAGGAGCUGCCUUUCCCAGCUCUGGAAAGCUUGAGGAGGUAGGUUCUUUAUCAGAGCCGCUUUCUCUCCCAUCAUGGCUCCCCCAUCCCAUACCAGCUCUGCCCGGGCUCUGGCUGGGACCCUCUUCACAACCAAGAGCUGGCCUGGGACUGCCGUGACUAGCAACUCCUUCCCCAACCCGGGCUGGCAGCUCCAAAGCCCUCUCAAACCUCAGAGGGACAUGGCUGGCCCAUGUGAUUCAGAUCAGGUCCCGGAGAGCUGAGGCGAGAGCCAGGCCUGCUGGCACCCCGUGCUUGCGCAGACCCCAUUGCCGCAGGGAGGAUCCUAGUCACCCCUGCCCCCCACAUUCCAGUUCCAUUGGGCAGGGGUGCUGCGGUCCUGCUCUGCCUCUCCAUCCUGGCUGCCUCAGCUGGGGACACUCAAGUGCUUCCUUCCCUGCCCCUCAUACUUCCCAACGGGUGGCCUCUGUGCCUCCCUCUGUGCCUUGGGCCCUGAAGCCCCACCUGUAGUGUAGAGCAAAGGUGGCCCCUGGUGGAGAGCGAAGGGAAAGGCCUUCAGCCUGUCUUUAGACACCACCCCCCCCCCCCCCCCAUGCCCACUAGUAUGGCAGGAUUUUGUUCUGCCGUUAAACCAGCAGCUCCCUGCUCCCUGUCUUUAUCACCCAUGGGAUGGGUGGCUGGGCCCUACCACGCUUUCUCUCCUCCUGGUCUCCACCUCAUCCCACCCCUGCCCCCCUGUCUGUCUCUCACAGGCUGGUUCCAGUUGUCGCCCCUAGGUUCUGGGUAAUGGGCUGGGCCUGGCCUCAGAACUCGGGCAGUGCCUGCCUUCCCUUUCACUUUUGUAAAGCCAACCCUUCCACCAGAAUAGUAUUAACUCCUGGUGCUUUGUUCUACUGGUCCAGCUGCCUUGGGCUCCUUUUCUAUAUUAAUAAAGAAAUGAGUAAAUGAUG